AUGCCUGUCGCCACCACUCCCUCGGAGCGGCCUCUCCCCCCCGUCCCGCCAGAACCCCAGCCCCACCCUCGGCCCGCCCUCCACCGCAAACUCGUCCACUGCCCUCGCCCAUCACCCCACUCUCUCCCUCUUCUCCACGCCGCCCUCAGACAACCGACCCUCCUCGCCUUCUUCCUGCCGUUGCUCCGGUGGCAGAGCUUCCACGCCCUCCUCAGCGCAGAUCCUACUCUUCGACGCAGUCUAUGGGCCCAGGAAGACUCCCGGGACGCCAUUCUCGCCUACUUUGUCCCCGGAUACAACCAUGUACUCGGCUUCAACGACAUGCAGCAUCAACAGGAGAUACCCCUCGAUUUUCAUCAGUUCUCUAUCUUCAUGCUCUCUCAAAAUACGCCUUUGCACGCCUACCCAAUGCUCUGCAUCACUCUCUUCAAUCUUCUUGCUCGCGGCGGCGACGAUCCCAUCCUCCGGCGCCGUUGUAUGCGCCUCUCUGCCCUUGCCCUCGAGCACUCCAGGCUAGUCCUCCUCAUCCAAUCCCUCGCCCACGGUGCUUCGCCAUCCCCUGAGCCAGAGCUCGAGGACUACGACGAUAUGUUGGUUCGCGGCCUGCGCGCCCCUCCGCAGCACGGCCUGCGCGAACUCGUGUUUCCGGCCCCACUCUCGGCCACCAGAUCUGGAUCGGACGAACCGUCGCCUGCAAAUAACGCGGGCGCGCCCGCGCACCGCGUCCUCAGCAAGACUGGGACUAUUCGUAACGGACGCUCCAGCAUAUCCUCCCAGGUUCGCGCCAAGUCCGUGGGCCCCGCCCCGACUCCGACUCUCGCAGAAGUGAUCCCGCGUGGGCAGAAACAAGCCUCCUCCUCACUCUUCAGCAAAUCUCGCGUUCCCCUCCCGGCGCGUUCCGAAGACCCGCGCGCCCUCAAGAUGUACUCGAGCACCUGGCGACGGACCUACUCUCCAGGUAAACGCCAACCUUCGGCAUACGCAUUCACCGAAUCGCACGAGGAUAGUUGGUCCUCGCGCUCGCGCUCCUCGGUACUCGGCGAGCUGCGCGCUCCGCACCGCCGCUUCGCGUCUGUCGGCCACUCGAGCGAAUCCUCGCUCUCCAGCCCCUCGUCGAUCUCCCGCACAAACACCGAUUCAGAACGCAGUUCACUCGUCGCCCCGCCGCGCGACGCAAGCAAUGGUGCAGUGCUCGGCUCAGGACCCCGCCAUGCGAGCCCCCACGACCUAUUUAUUGCGACCUCGCGGGUGCGCGCGCCGGUGCUGCGGGUCUUCGUGCCGUGCACGGAGCUGGACGAGGACGCGAUCAGCGCAUGCGAGCGCGAACUGGCGCGUGCGGGGCUUUGGGAGCACCUCUCCGACGGGGACAUCGUCUGCAACUUUGGCUACGUGCCCCCGCUCUCGUCACCGCAGUCGUCGGAUGAGAGCGCGGACGCCGCGGCGGACGACAAGCAACGGCAGAAGUGGCUCAUGUUCAACGGCUACUGCCUCGUCCCCUUCGUCCCACCCGCGCCGCCCCCGCUCGAAAAGUCGCUAACGCUCCCCUCGCCAUUUUACUUCGCACACAUCAUCCCGCCGCACGUUGACCCCAUGUUCAUCCUGGCGCUUCCCGCGGCGACGUCUUCAAUGGGCGCGGACCCGCGGGGCCGGUACUCGCGCUCGAUGGACAAACCGCUCCCUGGAGAACACGACAUGCAGCUCGUGAACAUCACCACGCGCGUCCGGAGUUCGUCGUCGCCCGCCGGGUUCGUGAUGGUCCGCAAGUACAUGUGGCUCGCGCGCAUCGCACGCGUGGGGCCCGAAUCGGACACCGAGGCUGGCAUUGCGCUCGGCCGGGGCUGGUACGGCGAAUGGAUCUUGGAAGCGGAGGGCACGCGUGAGGGCCGCCGUGCGCUGGAAGACGCGUUGAGCGGUGCGACGAUCGGGCCUGGGCUUACACGUCGCGGUCUGUGGGAGGUCGUGAGGCAGAAGAGCGGUGGGGGGCGGUUGUGGCUCAAGAUGCUAGUGCCGAAUGUGGACGGGUACAUUGACAACUUGGUUCAUCCGGCGGAGCCGCCUUCGCCCGGGCAGCGCACGGGGGUGCAGCCAUAA